AUGCCGGUGGUUGGGACGGUUGAUGUGGCGGUCCACCUGCAUCGUGUCCACAACAUAGAUUUGUUCUGUCGGGGAGUGUACUAUCUCCGAACGUCGGUGCUGCUCUCUUCGAAGGACAAGGCACAGGAGCACCAGCAUGCCGUACCAGCAGCAGCCCACGCCAACAACACCCAAGGCGCCGGCAGCGGAGAAAGCUCGGGGAGCAAGCAAGCGGGAGCCCACGGCAUCCCUUACAUGUGUCUCGCGCAGUGUGACGACAUGGGCACUACAGUCGCGCAUCGUAAGGUGCCCCCCAUGAAGGAACCUCGCCUCCAAGGAUAUCGAGACGAAGAGCUGGAGCUGGGAGAGGUUGUCAACUUCCAACUCCCGGUAGAGCUAGACGCGGGCAGACGGUGGCUCGAGGCAGGCCAAACACUGGUGCUGCAGAUGGAGCUCAUGUUUUCGAAGCUUGCUUCCCUCGAGGCAGACACUAACACCUCCAAGAAGGCCACGAAUGGCGUGGGCGGGGAGGCUAGCGGCGGCGCAGCCGAGGAAGAGGAGGACGACGAUGAGGACGUGCUCGACUUGGAGCCGGUUGCUGUGCAGCGCUUCGAGGCAUCGCUCAGCGCCGGCCAUUGGGGCCUGCACGCUUACGUGCCUGUGACGUUCAGUGGCGUCCAUUUUGUCCGGGUGGAUUGCAUGGUCCACGGGGUUCUGCGGAACCUCAAGCUCGAGGCGCCGAAAACCGGCGACGAGGUACCGCUACGGCCGAUCACCGCCGGUGCCCAAGCUUCGCUAGAGGCUGACGGACCAGCCGCUGCGACACAAACAACGCAGCGUAAGGCGGCGGCGUUGCCAGGAGGCGCUCGGGAGGACGAUCUGGAGGAGAGCUCGCCGGCUAGCCUCGUACGCCUUGAGUCGCGGGACAGCGGCAGCGAUAAUAACGCCUCCGAGGGAGCGACGCGGGGGGCGGAAGCGGAGGAGGCGUGUCCGUCGUCGUCGGCGGCGGCGUUGUCCUCGACUCCUUCCACUCCCAAGUAUACGUGGUUCUCCCUGUACGAUGAGCAAGGAGCGGGAGCCAGGAGGAUGUCUAACCCGCGAGUCGACGGCUCCGAUGCCACGGCCGGAGGGAAGGCCGGCUCUGUCGACAACAAUGGCGCUGGCGGCGGCGGUGGUGGUGGUGCUGGGCCUGAUGCGUCCACGCCACCCCCGAAAAAGGCCGAGGGGUCGUGGAGAUGGGGUUGGGGCCGAAAGGGAAGCGCUUUGAAAACGGCGGCGGCGACAGCUGUAGCGAAACCCGGAGAGCGGGAGGGCGCCAAGACCGACUCCGCUGCAGGAGCAUCGGCAGCAGCAGCAGCAGGGGCAGCAGGAGCAGGAGGAGCACAAGAAGAAGAAGGAGCAUUGGCCCCGUCGGCUGGCAAGGAGACCGCUGCUGGUGUCGGCUGUUCCGGUGGGCAAGUCGAGGUGUCGGGGGGCGACGAGGACGAAACGGGGGAGGGCGGAGAGGGGCGACAGGUGCCGUCGGUGCUGGAAGGCGAGCCGUCUGCCGGGAAAGAGGACGCGGACGGGGCGUCGGCGGCGGUGGCGGCGGGUAAGAGGCUGGCGGAGAGCGUGGGGCGCGAGAGAAAGAGGCUGAGGAGAAAGGACGUCUACUCGUACUUCAUUAUGCCGCUGAUGCGGGCGCUGGAGUUGCAAACGGGCACGACGUUGUGGCUCCGCAAGUUGCUAGAGGCCAACGGCUCGAAGGAGAUACCGGCGUCCGCGGUGCCGCUUUGGGUGCCGCCGGACCCGAGCUGCGAGGAGGACGUGACGAGGGUGCUCGGCCGGCUGUUCGCCCCCUCGACCGACAUCGCAAGCGUUAGCGAGGACGAGCAGGAGCAGGAGCAGUCAGGCCCCCUUGCAGGAGGCAACACCUGUGGGCCAGGUACGCCUAGGGCUAAGGGCACUAACGGCGCGCCGCCGAUUUCGGGAGCACCCCACGGGUAUUACAUGCCCCCUGCCCCUGCCAAGGUGGCGUACCCGGCUCUGAUUAACCGUUACUGCGGCGGGGUCAGCAAGGCCCGCAACGGGGACGCGAGCGUAGGCCGGCGGCCGUGCUGGCUGGACAGCGACGACAAGACGUGCGCGGCGCUGGAGCGAGACGUGCACGCCCUGGCGAUGCUGGUGUUCGUGGAGUGGAGGGAGUUCGUCUCCGCGCUCCCUGGUUGUGGCGCGGUGCUCUCGAAGGAAACCUCUGCCUUGUGGUUCGCCCAGCUACGACAGCGCUGGGCGUGCCAAGCGACACUCCACACGUCGUCAGCCACGCAGCCACUCUCUCUGGACCCGGCCGCCGCCACCGCCGCCGCAGAACCGGGCACCCGGCCCCCGUCUCCCGCGCUGGACGGCUCGGGCCGGGCCUCCAAGUUGCCGACCUCGGAGCCAGAGUCUCCCCGCCUGUCACGGCUGGAGCCAGAGAUUGCGGCCGACCAUUUCGGGGCCGCGGUCCGGAUGGCGUGCGCGGACGCCUCGGCCCCUUACAAGCUCCCUCUCCGGGACCAGCACAUGUUUCCGGACGGCGACGUGGGGCUCCCGGUUUGCCUCGUUCAGCGGUACGACUAUGCCCCCAAGGAGGAAGAGGGCGGCGGCGGCCGCGGUAGGAAAGCGGUGCGGGAGAUUAGGCAGGGGUCGGGCGGCGGUGGUGGCCUUGCGGACGCGACCGUGGACAAUGAGAAGCUGGUCGUGGACGAGGAUCGCUCCCGCUCCCAGUCUCCGGUGAAGCCGACUGCGGCGGCGGCGGCGGCGGCCGUCGAGCGGUUCGGGGGAUCGGGCCGACGGGGCAGGUCGAGGUCAUCGUCUCCGCCUGGGAUGCAAAUGAUGGUGGCAGCGGCCGCUACCGGUGGCGGCGGCGGCGGCGGCGACUCCGGGGCGGGAGGCGGGAGGCGGGGAGAGAAACCCUUCCGCAGUCUGAGCCCGCUGCUCACCAAGGGGAAGGUUUUCUUUUCUCCGGGGGGUAAGGCACGCUGGCCAUCGUCCAAGUCUCCGGCAAGAAAUCAUCGCCGCUCGGCGGCGGCGGCGGCGGCGGCGGCGGCGACGGCUGGCGAGGGUGCGGAUGACGCCGUUGGUAACGCUGCCGCUGCUGCUGCCGCCGGUAGUUGCAGGAACGACGGUGACCGAAGUGAGAAAGACGAGGAUGAUGCGGGUGGCGCAGGCGACGGGAGCAGCGGCGGUAGUAGCAGCCCCAGCGGUUCAAGCGACGCCAGCGGAGCCGAGUCUGCUGGCAAAGGCGCGGAGGAGACAACCGGCCGCGAUGCCGAAAUCCCGGCGCCCGGGGUCGCGCCGGAGGCCGCUUUUACGGACAGCCGACACGUCAAAACGGCCGUGCUCCCGCCCCCGCCCCCGCCUCCCCCGACGCCGUACAGCACGCCACCGCCACCAUCAUCAUCGUCACGGCGAGGGGGCGAGGGGCCGAAGCCCCGCGGCCCGUCGACGCCAGUUAAGGGGGGUGUACUUCAGGCGUCGUCGCCGUUGCGCAAGACCCCGGUGGCGUCCCCGGCGCGACCGCCUCUCAAGCCAAUGGCCGCGGAGCAGCAGCAGAAGCAGCGGGAGCUACGCCGCGAAGAAUCCAGCAGCUCCGCGGCGGGAGGAGACACGGGCGGCAACGGGAGGCGGGCGGGCGGAAGGCCGUCGCUGCUGGACGGGGUGGAGCAAUCGAGCGACCUAGGCGCCUUCUUCAGGCAGGGGGAGGCCGGCGGGAGGCGGCGGAGGGGUCGGCGCCUGUCGCCGAGGAGGAGAGGGGCGGGGUCGCUCGCGCCGGGGGUUUUGCGGCGGUCUUCCCCCCGACGGACCCGCGCCUUCGCCGGUGGUGGCGGGGGUGAGAAGGACCAGGAUGAGGACGAGGAAGAGGAGGAGGAGGAGGAGGAGGGGGUGGAAGACGAGGAGGAGGAGGAGGAACAUGGAUGCGGUGCAGGCGUGGGAGUGCACGUGAUUGUCCUUCAUCAUGGCUACUGCGGCUCCUCCAUGGACAUGCGGCUCAUCAAGAACUACAUCAGGAUUUUUGCGCCAGACGCCCUGGUGUUGAACGCUGAGUCCAACGAGCGGGACCCUCACACAUCGAUGAAGAUGAUGGGGGAAAAGCUCGCCAAGGAAGUUCACCGGUUUCUGUUGGUCCGAGCGCGGAGCCUUCUCCUACCGGGUGGCCAGGGUCGGCUGUCGUUCAUCGGCCACAGCGCGGGGGCGGUCAUUAUUCGGGUGGCGCUUUCCUCUCCAUCCCUGCAGCCGGCGCUGGGUCGGCUGCACAUGUUCGUGUCGCUGGGGUCCCCGCACCUGGGAACGGUGUACGGGGCGAGCGGGAUCGUGAGGACAGGAAUGUGGGCAAUGAAGAGGUGGACGAAGAGCGCUCUCUUGGAGGAGCUGGGUCUAACGGAUGCCCCCCGGCCUCGCGAUACCCUCCUGUGCUGGCUCAGCCAGCAGCCGGGGCUGGAGUACUUCCGGCAUGUGGUGCUGGUCUCGGCGGAUAAGGACGGCUACGUCCCAUCUCAGUCUGCCAGAAUACAGAUGUGCGAUGCGUCCCUACGCGAUGCCAAGAGAGAGGUGCCGCACGGACAGGUGGUGUGUGAAAUGGCGAGAGCUCUGCUUGAGCCCAUCAACGAUGAUAGCUUGUAUCGACUGCAUCUGUGGGGAGGAGAGAGACAGCCAAACGCCGGGGGCGGGGGAAUGGACGAGUACAUCGGCCGGACAGCGCACAUCUCCAUGAUGGAUUCUCCCAGCCUCGUAUGUUUGCUCCUGUGCACGCUGCUCGACCUGAUUCGAUGAUGGCAUGUGCUCUGCUGAUGGCACAAAAAAACAAGCCUUCCAAGCGUUGGGUUGGAGACCGCCGGGUCGGCGUGUAUUGCGCGCCACCCACAAGGCAGCAGUCGCAGUGAUUGUUUGGCGAUUGAUGGGUGUUGUUGGGGGUUUGUAGUGUAAUUAUUUUUUUGUUUUUCGACGCUUUCUUUGUGGUUCACCUUGCAUGGGUGUGUCGUAGUAUCGUCCCCUUUUCCGACAAGCUGCAUCAAUCCGCAGAGUAAGUUGACGGGGGGGGGGGCGGGGGGGGGGGGGUGCCUUUGCCCCAUACUUUUCGGAUGGAUCAUUUUGAACACAAAAAGGAAGUGGAAUGCCGCUUGUUCCUCAUGACGCAAAAAAGUAGUUAUUUAUUCCUUGCAUGUGAGUGGUAUGAUAGGUUGGAUUUUGUUCAAGCCAACAAUUUUUGACAGUCUAGAACAACAGCUUGCGCCUCACGAAGGAACUCCUCUGUGUGUGUGUUUUUUUUUUUUUUCGUUACUCGUUACUAGUUUUCGUCUUGCCACUGCUGAGUAAAAAGUGGAGAACCCAUCCCUACUCUCCAAGCAUUGUUGCGGGAGAUGCCCCGGAUAGAUAAGUCUGUCUCAGCAUCGGAUGGACGGAUGGACAGUGCGAGAAUGAACCAAUCAGUGCACGACGUUUGUCGGCAAGCUUAUGUUACUGUUUCAGGGCAAGGCAAGAAAGAGUGCUGCUCGGGGAUAUGCGGGCGUUAAGCGUUGUUGUUAACGAUGGUGCCCCUUGUGGGCGGUUGGUUGCUCUUCUUGAUGGUGCCCCUUGUGGGCGGUUGGUUGCUCUUCUUGUUGUAGGAUGGUAGCUCUCAGCUCUCAACCGGGAAGACAUGCGUAGAUAGAUAGGGAGGAGGGACCAUACGGGCGUCCCCAUGCCCAAGGCGGCGGCGAUGAUAGUGAUCAUUGCUUCCGAUGGAGGAAGUGGAGAUAGAUUUGUCGUGUAGCGUUUCUGUCACACCCGCUCUUCCUGGAAUGCAGAGAGAGGGAAAGCUUACAAGCGGGAGCUUUGGGAAACUGUCGUAGAUGUUGGCUGAAACAUAAUGGCCUGUCUGUGUGGUGACCCGUGUGCUUCGUGUGAAAUAUACUUCUAUACAAUAGCCUGGAUGAAAAGGCCGCUCAUGUCAUUGGUUGGAGUUGAGAGUUGAGAGGAAGUACGGCGGCACGGGAGAGACAGAGAGAGAAAGGUGCAUGGGGCACCUCAACCCCCACCCGUGAAGUUUCUUGUGGUGCUUCUUUCACCCAUCCAUCCAUGCGGUGAUGAUGUACGUGUGUGUGCUUUUUAUUUUCAUUCCAACAUUUGACUCUGCGCAUGUAUGUUCCU